AAAAUUUUCAAAUUCAAAUUGCGGUUGAUUUUUGUUGAUUCCAUCGAUGGCAUCAAACACUAGAUAAGGCAGAUGGCAUAUCCAGUCUACCAACGAGUACUUCACUUCAAAAGCACCAAAAACCGACAAUCCCAUGAGAAAAUCUACAUGAACCACCACCCCACUUCAGCAGCAGCAUAGGCUUCGAUACUUCACCCCAUCUAUCUUUUACUUCCAUUUUCAGACCAGAAAAAAGAAUGUCUGAAUUCAAGAAAACCUCAGUGUUUCCUCGGCAGUCUUCGUAUAAUUCCUUAUAUGCUAAUCCUCUCAGUGAGCUCAGGCAUAACCGGAGCUCCAGCGAAGGUGGGAAUUCAGGCAACAACAUUGUUCCCCUUGCUGUGCAUAUUCGAAGGAAUCUCAACCCUGCUAAUGUUCCUUCUGAUGACAAAGAGAAUUUUACUCCUAAUAGGACUCAAAUUGGGUGCUGGAAUGAUAAAGAAAAUGCAGGCUUCUGUAAAGGGAUUCGGCUAGACCCCGGGGAUUUUGUCCCUAAUUGUCCUAAUUUGAAUACGAAAGACAGGGCUUUGAAGCCGUCUUCACUUCAGCUAUGUAUGAAGAAACAUGAACCUGAUUCGAUAAUUGGGACCAGAACUUUGGAACCUGUUGAUUCUGGAACUACAAAUUCUGGGAAUAUUUGGGAUUACUCUGAUUCAGAGGCUGCACCAGCUUCCUCCUGGUCUACUCUGCCUAAUAGGUCAUUGUUAUGUAGGCCUUUACCUGUGGAUAUUGGAAGGUGUACUUGUCUCAUAGUGAAGGAACCAUCUCCAGAAGGACUGGAUAAAGGGACCCUCUACUCUCUUUACACUCAUGAGGGUCAUGGCAGACAAAACAGAAAGCUUGCUGUUGCUCAUCACAGAAGGCGAAAUGGAAGAUCAGAAUUCUUGGUGGCAUCAUGUGUUAAGGGAUUAGUAAGUGGUCAGGAUGACAGUUUAAUUGGCAAUAUGACAGCAAAUCUUAUGGGUUCAAAAUACCAUUUAUGGGGCCAGGGAAAUCAACUCAAUCCCUUGACCAAACUGUUCAAAUUACUUGCAGUUGUAACGUUUACUCCUACCAUAACUACCUGGACUGGUAGUCAUAGAAGCAUCAAGGCAUGGAUACCAAAGCAUCAAUCAAUGCAGCUAAAGAACGUGACUCAGCAUAUCAAUGGACUACCCCUGGAUUGGAAGGAGAAAAUGGACAAAGUACAUCAACUGUUCUCAAGGGUUCCACACUACAAUAAGGUAAAUAUUUCAAAGAAGUAUGAAUUAGAUUAUAGAGACAGAGGAAGGACAGGACUUCGGAUCCAGAGCUCAGUAAAGAAUUUCCAGCUGACAUUGGAGCCCCAGGUUCUGUUUCACAUAGACGACACUUUGCAUAAUGAUGUCGAUCGAUUUUCUAAAAGAUUCUCUGUGUCACUAGAAGAAUGGAAGGCAGACAAUCCUCCAGCUUGGAAGGGUGGGGAAGUCCAACUAUGUGAUGGAUUUCAGAUAUCCCAUGACUGGAUUUCAGGCCUUCUGCAUCAGUUUAGCUUCUAUUGAUUCAAAGGCCUGUUGCACAAUGUAACUACAAUAUCCUGUUGGCAAUGCAACAGCCAAAGAUGAAGCCACUGAUUCAUUGGCUGACUUCCUCCGCCAACAAGGGAUAGAGGUGCCAGGCAUACUAUUCAAAGCAGAAGUUCGUUUUGAAGACCUGAAGCUAGCAUGUAUGUAACUCUAAGCCAGUAACAUAGGUAGAAGAAGCAAGACCAGGGUAUUAGACACACAAAAAGCAGCAGCAACUUUCAUUGACUAUGAUUUUCUUUUGGUUUUAGUUCUUUACAAGCGAGGGAAAGAUAAUUUUUAGCGAGUUCUUCGGUCAUUAGCUAAUUCUUAGCUUGAUUUGGGGGGCCUCCACAGUUGAGGUUGAGGCUCUAAGUAACAUUCUGAUUUCUGAUUUGUGAAUACCAUACUUUGGUAACAUGCUAGGCGACUAGAGAUGAUUAAAUGGAGAUAAGAGAAAGUAUCAGAUUCUUCUCCAA